AUGACUGGUGAAAGAGUUAUCAAAAUGUCUAAAAAUAGCCAGGUAUCUUUAUUACCAAAGAGGGAUCGAAAAGUUGAUUGUCUGGUGAAGAAUGGUGGCCCCAAAAAAUUCCAUAAAGUAAAUUCCAAUUCUGUUCCUAGUAGUCCUGUUGAAAAUGAUCGACCAAACAUUACAAAACCUAAUUCUGGAAAUACAUCACCAGUUUCUCCUCCUCCUACCAAUAUGUCUAACUAUAAACGUGGCUCUCGUUCUGAAGAUCCUUUGCGUUCCAACUCUGAAUAUCCAAUGUCUUCUACUACCAGUAUUGACACUGAAGACGAAGAUAUUACAUCGUCUUGUAACACCUUAUUAAAUACCAAUAUAAAACCACUGGAAAUGGAAGACAAAAGAGUGUUGUGGACAUACAAUGCUGGUCAUGUUCCUGAUGAGACAUCAGCUUCUUGCAAUUCCCUCCAAAAAGUUAUAUCACCUACGUCACCGACAUCCAUAUCCUCUUCAAUAAUGUCAUCACCGUCUGACCGGCGACGACCAGCCAAAGGAUCAUAUCGUGGCAACAGCCAUCCAACUAGCAGUCAUUCAAAUAUAUCAAGUCCUGACUUCCAAGACACUGCAGAUUCAGAUUUCUUGAUCAACUCACGGGAAUUAGAAGUGACAGAUCCAAGUGACAGUGAUUCAACUAUUCUAGCAAGCGAACCAAAGAUUAGAAAGCGAUCUACCGAAGGACAGUAUACAUAUUAUGAUAAUAAUCAUACAGACCAUCGAAUUGUCAUACAGGUGAAAGGUCCAGAAAAAACAAAUUUAGUUAAAGAUAAUGAAAAUAACAACAGAUAUUAUAAUGACAAGGAAAAUAUGAGUAACAAUGAAAAUCAAGAUUUUAAAGAUGAAGAAGAAGUUCAACAUUUGUUGGCAUUAAUGGAAGGUGCCGCUCAGUUAGCUAAUUCUGUUACCAAUAAUGACGAGCACUGGACACAAAACGAAGAUUUUGAUUCUGAUAGUUUGCAUAGUUUUCAUUAUUCACCUAAAGCUGUAGAUAUGCCCUCAGCAGUAAGACUAGCAAAACGCUUAUUUUAUUUGGAAGGAUUCAAAAAAAGUGAUGUAUCACGGCAUUUAAGCAAAAAUAACGAGUUCAGUAGAGCAGUUGCUGAAGAAUAUUUGAAGUAUUUUGAUUUUAAAGGAAAUUCAUUAGAUUUGGCGUUAAGGCAUUUUUUGAAACAAUUCAGUUUGACUGGUGAAACUCAAGAAAGAGAAAGGGUGUUAGUUCAUUUUUCAAAACGGUUCUUGGACUGCAACCCCCAAUGUUUUAACUCUCAAGAUGCUGUACAUACAUUGACAUGCGCCAUUAUGCUAUUGAAUACAGACUUACAUGGUCAAAUGAUUGGACGUAAAAUGACAUGUAAUGAAUUUAUCGAAAACCUAGCCGGUUUAAAUGAUAAUGAACAUUUUCCACGAGAUGUUCUUAAAUUAUUGUACAUGGCAAUUAAGUCUAAUCCUCUUGAGUGGGCAAGUGAUGAUGACUUGGAUGAAAAUCAACUAAAAAAUGCAAUUGCUAGUCAACCAAUUGAUAGUCUUGGAAAUAAAAUCCCUGGCCAAAUAGGCAAAAGUGGAGGAAGCUAUGAAGAGAAUGUAAUGACACAAGCUUUAGAGUAUAAAAAAGGAUAUGUGAUGAGAAAAUGUUGCAUGGAAUCCAAUGGAAAGAAGACUGCAAGAGGGAAACGCAGUUGGAAAAUGUACUAUUGCACAUUACGUGAUCUAAUUCUUUAUUUACAUAAAGAUGAUUCUGGAUUUCGAAAAUCUCAAAUUAGUGAUAGUAUUCAUAAUGCAAUACACAUACAUCAUGGCUUAGCUACUAAAGCUAUAGACUAUACAAAAAAACAACACGUGUUUAGGCUAGUUACUGCAGAUCAAGCAGAAUAUUUAUUUCAAACUAGUGAUUCCAAGGAAUUGGAUUCGUGGAUAAAUACAAUUAAUUUUGUAUGUGCUAGUUUUUCUGCACCACGAUUGCCAAGUGCUGUUGGAAAUCAGAAAAAAUUCCAAAGGCCAUUAUUACCAUCAGCUCCAACAAAAUUAAAUUUGCGAGAACAACUUCGUGAACAUGAAGAUACUUUGAGACAACUAGAAGUAGAGCUUGAAAUCCACAAAAAGAAACCUCCAGAACGUGGAACUAAAAACAUCACAUUGCAAUUUUAUAAAGAAAAAGAAUCACAUUUACUGGAAGAAUAUAAGCGUUAUAAAACGUAUGUCUACUUGUUAAGAUCUAAAAUGAUUCAACACCCUGAGUAUGACUCAAGUACUGCGUUAAUGGAGACUGAUGAUGAAGCAGAAGUGGUAUCUGUUGAUGAACAAAACAGUUCAUUGCCAAUUUCAAACAGGAAUAUCGAUGCUUGA